AUGAUGCUACUGACCACAGCUCCUCCUGACCUCUCCCUCUCCAUUCUCACCCUCACCCACUCCUCCUCUUCCUCCUCCCCAAACCCUAACUCCCUCUUCCGCUCCUUCACUCUCUCCCGCCCUCAAUUCCCCUCCAUCUCCGCCCUCCCCUUCCGCCGCCCACGCGCCCUCCCCGCCUCCUCCGCCGCUCUCCUCGAACACGACGACGAUUGGGAUUCCAGCAAUGUCGCCCAGAGCGACGCUUUCGACUUCGAGCGCUGCUUCGCCUCCACCGACCUCAAGCACCUCGCCUCCCCCAAGCUCGAGGUUCGCGAGCUCGACGAGCUCCCCGAGCAGUGGCGCAGGUCCAAGCUCGCCUGGCUCUGUAAGGAGCUCCCCUCGCAUAAGUCAGGCACCUUAAUCCGCAUUCUCAAUGCGCAGAAGAAGUGGAUGAGGCAAGAAGACGCCACCUAUGUUGCAGUGCAUUGUAUGCGCAUUAGGGAGAACGAUGCCGGGUUUCGGGUGUAUAAAUGGAUGAUGCAGCAUAAUUGGUAUCGGUUUGAUUUUGCUCUUGCUACUAAGUUGGCAGAUUACAUGGGGAAAGAGCGGAAAUUUGCCAAAUGUAGGGAGAUUUUUGAUGAUAUUAUUAAGCAGGGGCGUGUGCCAAGUGAGUCUACAUUUCAUAUUUUGGUUGUUGCGUACCUUAGCGCCGCUAAGGGUGAAGGGUGUUUGGAAGAAGCGUGUAGUGUUUACAAUCGGAUGAUUCAGCUUGGUGGUUACCAGCCGCGGCUUAGCUUGCAUAAUUCUCUGUUUAAGGCUAUUUUGAGCAAACCCGGGAGCUCUGCAAAGGCGUACCUCAAACAGGCCGAGUUUAUAUUUCAUAAUUUGUUAACUACUGGACUUGAGAUUCAUAAGGACAUUUACAGUGGCUUGAUUUGGUUACAUAGUUAUCAGGAUACUGUUGAUACAGAGAGGAUGGCAUCAUUGAGGAAGCAGAUGCAAGAAGCAGGAAUUGAAGAAGGGAAAGAAGUGCUUGUGUCUGUCUUGAGAGUGUGCUCAAAGCAGGGGGAUGUGGAGGAAGCAGAGAACACUUGGCUCAGACUACUCCGUCUUGAUGCAGGUCUUCCGUCACAAUCAUUUGUUUAUAAAAUGGAAGUGUAUGCAAAGGUUGGAGAACCCAAGAAGUCUUUGGAGAUAUUCAGAGAGAUGCAAGAGCACUUGGGUUCAGUCAAUGUUGUGGCAUAUCAUAAAGUCAUAGAAAUUAUGUGUAAAGCUAAAGAAAUCGAAAUUGCAGAAUCCCUCAUGGCAGAUUUCAUCCAUACUGGUUUGAAGCCUUCCAUGCCAGCUUAUAUAGAUGUAAUGAAUAUGUACUUCAACUUGAGCUUAUAUGACAAAGUGGAAUCAGCCUUCUCCCAGUGCCUUGAGAUAUGUCGACCCAGCCGAACGGUUUACUGUAUAUACUUGGAUUCUUUGGUGAAAGUCCGUAAUCUUGAUAAAGCUGAGGAGAUAUUUGACUACAUGCAGAGCAAUGGGGCAAUAGGUGUAAAUGCCCGUGCCUGCAAUACCAUAUUAAGUGGAUACUUGUCAGCUGGAGAUGAUUUCAAGGCAGAGAAAAUAUAUGGUCUGAUGUGUCAGAAGAUGUACGACGUUGAUCCUCCAUUGAUGGAAAUAAUCGACUCUUUUUUGAGCUUGAGAAAGAAACCGGAUAAGAGACGUAUAAGCAUGACGCUGACCAAAGAACAACGUGAGAUAUUAGUAGGUCUACUGCUGGGUGGUUUGCGGAUCGAAUCAGAUGAUGACAGAAAGAAUCACAUGAUCCGCUUUGAAUUCAGUGAGAAUUCUAGCGCACAUGCUGUUUUGAGGAGACAUAUAUAUGAUCAAUACCAUGAAUGGCUUCAUCCUUCAUGCAAGCUCGGUGAGAAUACUGAGCACAUACCAUAUAAAUUUUCUAGCAUCUCACAUUCUUAUUUUGGUUUCUAUGCCGAUAAGUUUUGGCCCAAUGGCCGGCAGAUGAUUCCCAAGCUAGUCCACCGAUGGCUGUCACCAUGUGUUCUUGCAUACUGGUAUAUGUAUGGGGGUUACAGGACUGCAUCAGGAGACAUAUUGCUGAAGAUAAAGGGAAGUGAGGAGGGUGUUCAGAAGAUUGUCAGAACCUUGAAAACCAGGUCUCUGGAUUGCAAGGUGAAGAGGAAGGGGAGAGUCUUUUGGAUAGGUUUCCUAGGAAGUAAUUCUACACUGUUCUGGAAACUUACGGAACCUUACAUUUUAGACGACUUGAAACAGGUUCUAAAAUCGGAUGGGGAAAGCUCAGAGAACAGCACAGGUUCAAAUGAAAAUAUGAACUUCUCUAGUGGGUCUGAUUCAGAUGAGAAUGCGUCUGAUAACAGUGAUGAUGAUAGGGAUUGAACUGUAGUGCAUCAUUAGUCAUUCUGGUGUUCAAUUCUGCCAGUACAUGCAAGGGCUUUUGCAGUCAGGUACCGGAGGUGUAUAUACAAGGUUCACAGAAAUUAGAUGAGUCUUCAAUGUAAUACCGCUUUAUCUUAUAAAUGAUCUCCGAUGAUCGUUUUGUUCUAAAACGGCUGGAUCUUUUCUGUAGUGAUUGCUUGUCCUGCCAAACAGGCUAAAAAUAUAUAACAGCUCUGGGUUUCAGAAUGCAGUACCUUGUUGAUUGAACAGAUUGAUUCUUUCUUGCA